AUGACAAGUGAGGCAUCGAUAUUUUUAGCUGAUCGAACUUAUCAUAUCAAUCAACGCUACAUUUAUCGUUGGUAUACAUAUAUGCCAGCUAUUUUUCGUCAUGAAACAUAUUCGUGGAUAAAUGAAAAUAUUUUAUCAAAGAUAAAUAUUAAUGAUAUUCGAGAUGAAAUGAUAGUAACAAUUGAUAUUGAACAACAAAAUAAUGUCGCUGUAGCUGCAUCUUUUAUUCACCCUCAUGAUGUCUCCAAUUCACGCACAAAAUCGUCAUCAAUGUUCUGA